GGCUACACGUGGAACCGAUCGCCUGACGGAUGGGAAUGGGUUUUUUUCUUACGAGAAGGAGUACCAGCAGGCUCAUAAAACAAGCCAUGCAACUAACGAACGAUACAGACGCUAUAGUAUGGGACCCUUAACCUAACGAACAGCACAUCUGAUUGUAGAGCUUGUGGUGUGCUUGCUGUAUUUUUCGCUCGACAAUAUUGAAGUUUUUAGUUCGCGUAAAAAGCCAAGAUCUUGUUCACUAUCAUCAUCGAAUUUUAUUUAUCGAUUUAUUUACCUGCACCAACUGUACCAGAUCCUAUGAUGAAAUCCAAAGAACUAUCAACAGCUAAAAGCGACCCAAGCAUAAACUAUGGAAAGAAGGAUAAAAAAGUACACUUUGCAGACACCAUUGGGCUAUCACUUGUUUCGGUUUACUUUAUACGAGACUCGUCGCCACGGUCUCUGCUGAACGACACUCGACGCAAGAUCAGGGAUAAUUUGUACCAGAAGUUCACCUAUGAACGAGCUCGCUUACUGAAUUUCCUGCAACCUCUGUCGCCUAACAGCCUCAGAGAUCGCCUGGAAAAGAACACCGUGUGCCUUGAAAGUAUAACAUUGUGUGAUUAUGUGCUUCGUGGAAGUGUGAAAGUUAAAAACAUAGCGUACGAAAAACGCGUCUUUGUGAGAUGGACUAUCGACAACUGGGAAAGCCACACAGAAACUCCAGCUUCCUAUGUUCCUGGAUCUUUAACAGAAACUACAGACAACUUUGAAUUUGAACUAAGAAUGCCAACUGACCUAGAGAAAAACUUUAAGCUGGAGUUUGCGAUUUGCUACGAAGUGCUAGGGAUUCAGUCCUGGGAUAAUAACGCCGGGGACAAUUUUCGAGUAAUGUGGUAUGCAUUCUCGAAACAAAAUCUGAAAAGCCGAGAUCUUUGGGACAUUUUCCAAAGCACAAGAUACGCGGGUUUCUAUAUAUGAAUACCUGAACAAAGGAUACUAUUAUCUAAUAGGUACUGUUAGAGUUGUCUCGAUUUUCGUCAUAGGAAAGAUUGUUGUGCGACUCGGAUAGAGUUUACAGCAGUGCGAUGCAAGUUUGUUUUUCUCUGUCUUUCAUCAGUAGACCCUAGUUCUCCAAUCCCCAUUAGGACAUUUGAGGAAAGUUUUUAUUUAGAUCAAAAUAGAUCAUCAGUUUUGCGAAACAAAAGUUUAGACUGGAGAUAGAAACAGAGAAAUGGUUUCGGACAGCCCGGAUGCGUCCUUUUCUUACGUCAAAAUAUUCUCAAUCGUCAAAUAAAAUCUGACUUAAUUCCUAGGUAAAAAAAAGCUUCCAAAAAAAUAUUAGUACAAAUGAAGGCGCCGAAAUACUGUCAACGUCGAAAAUAAUUGCCAAUCAAUUUGUGUAACCAGGCAGCGGUAAUCUAAGGGGUGUGUAUAUGAUGUACUGCCACAUCUAUAAAAACAUUGUCAAAAAUAUAAAAAGUUCAGUUAGUAACUUAUUCUAGAGGUAAAGGAAGGUUUUAUAUAGGGAACAAUUUUAUAGAAUUAAGAUAAAGUAUUUCGUUUAA